UCAGUUCGAAUACAUUUUGUUGGGCGAAGUGAGUGCGGCGCGCGUUUGGAAUUCUUGUGUGUUUUUUUGUUUGUCCUGGAUUUCUCUAUCGGCAAAGUGUUUACGGUAACGGUGUAUGAAAACAUCGUCGGCAAUAAAGUCAACGGGCUUCUAUGGAUAGUGCACGGAUUUUUUAAUGAUCCUUUUUCUGUGGAUUUAUACGCGCGGGGCAUAUUACUAGGUGAUUUCAGUGUGAUAUAUUAUUUGGCUGAAUAAUUUCUGUUUACGAGAUUUAAACAAUUCACUAAGAAGUUUGAUUUCGCCGGGAUAUGUUUGCUGCACAUAUGCGUACGCUUUACCAAUCUGUUGUUUCUCGUUCUUGUGGAUUAGUCGCCAUUGACCGUAAAUAGUGCCCAUGUCUACAUCUUUCAUGCUGGAAUAAAUAGGAUGUACCAUAAAAAGGAUACUUUAUAGCCAGAUUUUAAAUAGUUGCACAACAAAUAUCACCACAAAUCCCCAUGAAAACAAAUUGAAUUGAGAAGUCGAGGAUAAUUCGCGUAAUUUUCUGAUCCUGAGAGAAAGUGUUCAGUGCGGGAACUCGAUAAAAUCGGAAACAUCAGUAUUUUCUUCGACUCAAGAAACAAUUUGCUGGAAAUUACAUAUCAGUUCUAUUAGAGAAGCGUAUCCUUUAUCGGCAACGCGGCUUUUUGAGAAUACCACAAUAAAAGGCUGACCCUAAAUUUUGAGUGCAGUGGUUUUGAGAUCAAACCACUAGAGAGUAAUCAGGCAAACUUGGGUUAUUCAAUAAUAAAUUAAAAUAAAAUUUGCUGCAGUGGCGCUACAUACGAGCGAAGCCUUCAUGGCGGGCUUUCUUAAAACGGGCGAAUUAGGUCCGCAUGGAUAUGGGGCACCACACCCGCAUCAUGCUGUGGCGCAUGGGCCUUUACCGCCUGGUAUGCCCAUGGUGGGGCAUUUUGGACUUCCACAUGGGCUUGAUGCUGUUGGGUUCCCCCAAGGUAUGUGGGCAGGUGUUAAUCCGCGAAAACAACGUCGGGAACGUACAACAUUCACUCGAGCACAAUUAGAUGUUCUUGAAUCGUUAUUUGGGAAAACACGGUAUCCAGACAUAUUCAUGAGGGAGGAAGUAGCAUUAAAAAUUAAUUUGCCCGAAUCAAGGGUGCAGGUGUGGUUCAAAAAUCGUCGUGCCAAAUGCCGUCAACAGCUGCAACAUCAGCAAUCUAGCAAUUUAAAUAGUUCCAAAUCAAAUUCAAAUUCCACAUCAAGUUCGUCGGGUAGUCGUCAUUCAUCCAAUAACAAUAACAAUUCCAGCAGUAAUAAUAGCAGUGGCACUGCAUCAUCAGCCAAUGGCAAUUCAUCGCAAAAAUCAAACACAUCAUCUUCAGCGGCAGGAAGUGGUACAGGUUCCUCAAGUCACAACAGCAAAUCCUCAUCUAUGAAAACACAUCACAAUUCGCAAUCACAUUCAACACACGCGCACUCACAUCCGCAUAGUAUUCCACAAAAUCUGGUUCAAACUAGUUCCGCCAGUUCUUUAAACAAUAGCAUCGGAGCAGGACACAAUUCUUCGCCAAUCCUACCGAUAACACCUUCGACAUCAGUGAGUCCGCCUAUCAAUGUGAUCUGUAAAAAAGAAGUAGUUGGUUCAUAUCAUACCCCCGUCGGAACAAACCCUGAUACCUUGAAAUCCGGGGUUGGAAUCGUAUCUGGAUAUGAUUCAGUUAAAGAGUCCGAACUUGGCAACUUGGCCCAUCACAUGUCAUACGCUCGUCUAGGACAAACAGGCGGAAACCUGACACCUCUCGGAUCAAAUUCAUCGAUUAUGACUACGCCGUCACCACCUAUAACACCACAGGCUUCCCACAACCCGCUAUCCUAUGUUCCAAAUCAUGAUUCCUACAACUUUUGGCACAAUCAAUAUAACCAAUAUCCCAACAAUUAUCAAACCCCCACCUACUAUUCUCAAAUGGACUAUUUCAACCCCAACCAGUCCAACUACAACAUGAGCCACUCAGGCUAUGGAACAUCGAAUUUUGGUCUAUCAUCGAACUCGACGCUACCCAGUUCGAUGUCGGGUCAAACCUUCUCACCGAAUGGCCUCGAAUAUCCACAAGACAAGUACGUUAAUAUGGUGUAGAAAAUUAUGAAAAUUAAGGAAUCUUUCAAUCUGUUUAGUGGUAGUAAUUUAAUGCUAGAUAAUAAUAGGAGUUUGGCAGACAUAUUUGAUGCUGUCGAGACCGGGGACGAUUCAAAUUCGGUCAAAUAGUUACAUUUGGAAACUAUCUUGUUAGCAAAGGUCGGGUUGAGAUUCAGUUUGGUAUUGACCCUCAUUAUAAGUUACCGGCCCAGCCUAAAUUAUCAAAGCAAUUAGUUGGAACUAAAACGGCACAUUAAUAAUUAAUUUUCAGUUCUUUCUUUAGAAAUCCACUUCCUUUUUUAAUCCUCUUCUCUCUUUUCAAUCAACUUUUGCAGAUACGUGUAAUUAUAAAAAUACAGCACAUUCCUACGAGUCCGUACAAUGUCGAACAUCAUCAAAUCAAUGUUCUGCCUCACAAUUUCGAGAUUUGACUUAUAUCAUUAUUAUGUCGAUAUGUAAAUAGUAAAGAAAUUUAUCAAAUAUAUUUAGAAUUCCUAGAGAUAUGUAAAAAAAAAUAUAAUUAAAACUAAAAAAGUAAAUUUAAAAGAAGCAAAUUGCUUAAUUUAUAAAUUAAAGGUAAACAAAUAAUAAACUAAUUUUAUUUGAUAGGUAAAAUUAUAUCAUAAUUAAUUAUUUCGUCCUUCCGUCUUUAAUAAAUAGCCAAAAAUCAAUUUAAAUACCUUCAUAUAUAAAUUUUUUUUUUUGUUUUUUUUUUUUAAGCUAAUCGAAACGUUAAAAAAAAUCGUAAAUUUUCAAAGAUAUCACACAAUCCAAACUCGUUAUUUUUUGAAUGAAAUAUCUCUCAUAUUUCUCACUCAAAUCUAUAAAGGUUAUUUUGUCCCAAAGAAGAUGAAGCGAAAGGCGUCAAUGUAAAGCGAUAUAGUAGAAGGGAAACUUAAUAAAAUCUUUGUAAAUUUUAAAAUUCAUCCGCAAAUGAUCAAUGUGUGUGUAUGAUUGUAUAUAAAAGGAUUCAAGCCGAAUAUCAAAGUCUGUAUAACUUAUCGGCACCUCAUCAAUAGAUUAACAGAAAUUUUGUUGUACUUUAAUAAUUUAUAAGACUAUCAUUUAUAUCACAUCAUUUUGAAGGACUAAUUAAGAA